AUGGCGCCAGGAAAGCGUCGCCCUACUACGCAUCCGACAGGAGAACCUCUAUCCAAACAUACCCGCUAUAUCGCUGGAACUUCUGCGCAAUACUCAAGCCAAGCUUCUGGCUCACAGAGUUCCCAAAGUUCUUAUCCUCAUCCCUCUGCUCCUCCAUCAUCUCUUGGUCACGCUAAUCGACCCCAACCGCGAUCAUGGGUCAUGAUUGAUGACAAUGAUGAUAAUGGAGUUCCCGACCCGAGUCAAAAUAAUGAAGACCCUGUUUCUUCAUAUGAGCUCUAUGGAACUUUAGAAAGCAAGAUCGUAGGCGUUCGAUAUUACGACGGAGUUGUAAAUCCCGGCGAGAAGGUCCUCUGCAACCGCGACCCCAGAAACCCCUGGGAUAGUAAUGCCAUCCGCGUUGAUAAUGCCAUGCGGAAUCAAAUUGGACACUUACCUGCCAUACUUGCUGCAAAACUUGCGCCCUAUAUCGAUAGAGGCGAUAUCUUUCUAGAAGGUGUUCUCACAGGCAACAAGGAAGCCUAUACUUGUCCUGUUCGUCUAGUUUUCUACGGCACUGGCGACCCUACAAGUCGUCUUUUGUUAGAAGAGAAACUAAAAGAAGAUAGACUCUUGAAAGCUACACAGCUCAAGACUACUAGGAAGGAGGCAGAAGCCCAAAGGAAUGCCGCUAUGCGUCUAAGAUGCAAUGCAUCCACUGUGGGCUUAGGAGCUGAAGAUGGAGAGCAGCAACAGUCGUUCCAGGAGUUAGCGGCGGACAGCGAAGCUGUGCAAUUCCGAGGUGACCUCAGUUCCGUUGAUGCAUUUGCAGCGGACGAAGACUCUCUUUCCAAACUACCUAAGGCGGCUCAGCCUACAAGCGUCGAGUCAACACUACUACCGUACCAACUUCAGGGAUUGGCUUGGAUGAUAGCCAAAGAGAAUCCACAACUUCCCGCCACGGGGUCAAAGGAAGUUGUGCAGUUGUGGAAGCGCCAUAGCAGUGGGAAGUUCCUCAAUCUAGUGUCCAACCAUAUUACAAACACGCCACCAAAAUUAGUCUCGGGUGGAGUGCUUGCCGACGAUAUGGGCCUAGGAAAGACUCUCCAGGUCAUCAGCUUGAUUAUGACGGACGGUUUCAGUGAGGGUCCAACUCUAAUUGUUGCACCGGUGAGUGUCAUGAGCAACUGGGAACAGCAGUUCGAACGACACGUAAAGGAGGAUCAACGCCCCCGUAUCUUUAGGUACCAUAAAGCCGGUACAUAUUCCAAGAACGAUCUACUGAACCAUGAUGUCGUUAUCACAACCUAUGACAAACUGCGCAAUGAUCAGACUAGUAAAGGAAUAUUGCUUUCAGUAGAGUGGCAUCGGGUUGUCUUGGAUGAGGCCCAUGCCAUCAGGAAUUUUUCGACAUCCAGGGCCAAGGCUGCGUUCCAGCUGAAGGCCAAAUCUCGUUGGAUGUUGACUGGCACACCAAUCGUCAAUUCACCCAAGGACUUUUUAUCGGCUCUGAAGUUCCUAGGAAUGACCGGAGGCAUUGAAGAGACUACAUUCUUCGUAAACUUGAUCGACAAGCCUCUAUCUAACGGCGAAGAAGGUGGGAAGAGCGACAAGUUUAAACUCGCCAAACAGCUAUUUCAGUCGUUAACUCGAGAUCUCUGCCUUCGUCGGAGAAAGGAUAUGAAGUUUGUUGACUUGAAGCUGCCUCCUAAAACUGAAUAUAUCCAUCGCAUCAAAUUCAGAGAUGAUGAGAGGGCUAGGUAUGAUGCUUUAUUCUCGGAAACCACGGAAGCAUUAGAAGCGUAUCGGCGUGGAAGGGAAGGCCAAAAUAACCGGCAAGGCCCCCAGAUACGAUUCACGAGCGUCCUGGAGAAACUCCUGCGCCUUAGGCAACUGUGCUGCCAUUGGAAGUUGUGUGGAGGCCGGGUGAAGGAUGUCUUGAGACCUCUCGAAAGCAAGAAAAUUGUCGAGUUCACUCCAGAAAACCUUCAGAUUUUGCAGCAGGCCCUUUUAACUGCCAAUAAUGAAGGCGAAGAAUGCCCGAUCUGUACAGAUGCAAUCAGCAUCCACGAGCCUGUCAUUACAGCGUGCAAGCACCGUUUCGGGAAGCCCUGCAUCGCGAGGGCCCUUGAAAGAGACACCAGGUGCCCAAUGUGUCGCCAACCGUUGACCUUAGAGGCUACAGUUGGACUCGAACCGGUGAACGUUGAAAGUAGAUUUGACGGUGACACGCGGAGCUCGAAAACGGAAGCUCUGGGGAAGAUCUUAAAAGCAAGGCUCGAGGACCCGAAAUCCAAGGUUGUUAUAUUCUCGCAAUGGACUUCCUUCCUUGAAGUUAUCUCAAAACUACUAGAUGAGGCUGGUUACAAAUACUGUCGCCUUGAAGGAUGGAUGACGGCGACUCGGCGCGAUCAAUCGAUAGAAGCUUUGAAUAACGACCCGAACACGCGUAUCCUGCUGGCCAGUCUGGCUGCAAGUGGCGUCGGCUUGAACCUAGUAGCUGCUGAUACGGUUAUACUUGUAGACUCUUGGUGGGCACCGGCUAUCGAGGAUCAAGCCAUCGACCGUGUACAUCGGCUCGGUCAAACGCGCGAGACGACGGUCUGGAAGCUGGUCAUGGAGGAUAGCGUGGAGGAGCGCGUUCUCAACAUCCAAGCUAGAAAACGGGAGUUGGUCAAUCUGGCUUUCCAAGACAAGGCCAGAGAACAAAAGGAAACGGGUCGCCUAGAUGAUGUUCGACAAUUACUUUCGUAG